UUUGAGAACAUGUCGCGUCAGCAGCUAAUUGCAAGACUGAUGGAAUUGGAGCAAGAAAAACGGGCCGCUUCGUCUUCCCAAAGCAGUCCCAAUAUGAGCAAAUCUGACCUGCAAAAACUGAUUUCGCACAUUGCGGAGAAACACGUUGGUAGUGGCAAGGCUACCUACAGCUGCGAAUGGGAAGGUUGUCCUCGAAAUCAGAAACCUUUUACCAAACGUCACAAGAUGUAUAACCAUUUACGAACGCAUACAGGAGAGCGGCCUUUUGUAUGCCCCAAACCAGAUUGUGAGAAACGGUUUUCUAGACCUGAUUCUCUUACUACGCAUAUCAAGACACAUUCCAAUGUGCGACCUUACAUUUGUUCCUCAAGAGGGUGCAAUAAGGCUUAUUAUCAUUCUCGGUCGUUGAAGAAACACGAGAAAAUACACGAAAUG